UUAAAAAACAUGGAAUAGAAGAUAUGCUCUCCAUUAAACAGCAAAACCCAUUAGAAGGGACCCACAAUAAGAAUGAAAAUUUCAAAUCUUAGUUUGCACAUAUUUCUAUUCAAACUUUCGUUCUCACAGAGCUCCUGUAAACAGUGGGUCCAAAAACCAGACAGGAAUUUUGGACAGCGUAUUUUAGUAAUAAAUAAAUAUCAUUUUAUUGGUGAUUUACUAAAACGAGUUGACAAAGAUCAAAAUCACUUUUUUUACGGGUUCAGGAACCGUCGUUGUUGUUGAUAUAUUAAAUGAAUAAUCUGCAGUUGUUAUGAAGUGCCUGUAAAGCGUGUGUAGAUAGUUAUGAAAAAUAUUCCCGAAAAGAAGAAACCCCUUUUUGCUGAGCAUUGAAGCUUAGAUCCCGUGCAGCAGAAAUGAAGGCUAAAGCAAAAGGGCAGUGGGGCCUUCAUUCAAAGGUUCCGUUGCCAGCAGUUUUGGUUUUGUGCACACUCUUCUUUCUUGCAGGCUUUUUUGGAUCGAUUCUCUUCUCCAAGGACAUUCUAGAGGAAGAGGUUCCACGGUUACAGCUGAGAGAGGUUUCUGCUGAGGGUGGAGAUGAUGUGGUUGGUGUUGCUCAUGGUGAAACUGGGGAUGUUUCUCUUACCACCAUACCCUUUCAGGUCUUGAGCUGGAAGCCUCGAGCCUUAUACUUUCCUAACUUUGCUACAAAGAAGCAGUGUGAGAUAAUUAUUGAACUUGCAAAGUCAAAUCUUCGGCCUUCAUCACUGGCCUUGCGAAAAGGAGAGACUGCAGAAAAUACAAAGAAUAUAAGAACAAGUUCUGGCACAUUUGUCAGUGCUUAUGAGGAUCAAUCGGGUACAUUGGAAUUUAUUGAAGAAAAGAUUGCAAAGGUUACAAUGAUUCCAAGAUCCCACGGGGAGGCAUUCAAUGUGUUACGAUAUGAAACUGGUCAGAAGUAUGACUGCCAUUACGAUGCUUUUAAUCCAACUGAAUAUGGUCCACAAAAGAGCCAACGGGUUGCUUCUCUCUUGUUGUAUCUGUCUGAUGUGGAGGAAGGAGGGGAAACAAUGUUCCCAUUUGAGAAUUAUCAUAAUAUGGGCACAUGGUAUGAUUAUAAGAAGUGUAUUGGCUUGAAAGUAAAGCCACAACAGGGAGAUGCUCUUCUGUUCUACUCAAUGUUUAUCAAUGGCACAAUCGACUCAACAUCCUUGCAUGGAAGCUGUCCUGUAAUCAAAGGAGAAAAGUGGGUUGCUACUAAAUGGAUCCGAGAUCAAGUGCAAUUAGAUUGACAAGUCAGAAACUGUCCAUAUUUAUAUUUAUUUGAAAUUCAUGGAGUUCCUAUGAAUCCCUUGGAAGCGACCUGGAUAUAAUUUGAACAGAACCUAGUAGCUGAGGCCACUGGAGUUGGUAUUUUUGAGGCAUCUGUUCAUGGUUGGUAUUUAUUAUUCUUUCCGUGAUCUUAUAUUUUUCUAAAAUUACUUUCCCAUCAACUUGCAAGAUGGUGCUAGGACAAGGACAUGUUUAAACAUGCAGCGGCAUGCAGUUUGUUGCACCAACAGUUUUGUUUCCUGUUCAUGCUUCACUUAUAGUUAUUUGCAAGUGGAAAACAUCUUUCUGUAACUUCUCUGAGGCUGAAAUAUUUAUGACGUAAAUUUCUUGUAUAUGUCUUCGUUCCUGCCAAGCACAUCUUGGAAUGGCAACAUUAUGAAAGUGAUUUAUAUUCCAUCACAGUACACGUUUGUUCCUUUUUCCUCGACUCUUGUUUUAACCAAUUUUCAUUUUAACUAGAAAAGUUUGAGACUGUUGAAGUGGACAUGCAUUCAGACGCAAGUAUGCAAUUACAAUUAUCUUGGACAUAUUCUCAAA